AUGAAUGAGUUUUGGGAGAAAAAACUUGGGAGUCCCCGGUUUGUGGUUGCCCCAAUGGUAGAUGCAAGCGAAUUAGCCUGGCGUUUGUUAAGCAGAAGACACGGUGCUCAAUUAUGUUACACUCCAAUGUUUCACAGUCUUAUAUUUGCUAAUAAUGAAAGGUAUAGAAAAGAAGGAUUGGCUUCCGUGCCUGAAGAUAGACCUUUAAUUGUUCAAUUUUGUGGUAAUGAACCUGAUUCUAUUUUGAAAGCCGCACAGCUUGCGGAGCCUUAUUGCGAUGCCGUAGAUAUAAAUUUGGGUUGUCCUCAAGCCAUAGCGAAACGAGGACACUACGGUGCUUUUUUACAAGACGAUUGGCCUUUGCUCAAAGAAAUCGUCGGAACGUUAAAAAAAUCACUCAAGAUACCCGUGACUUGCAAAAUAAGAGUUUUCGAAGAUGUAAAGAAAACGGUAAAAUAUGCUAAAAUGCUCGAGGAAGCGGGAUGCCAAUUGUUGACCGUUCACGGACGCACAAAAGAACAAAAAGGACCAUUAACAGGCCUUGCAAAUUGGGAACAUAUAAAAGCCGUGAGGGAAAACGUACGCAUUCCUGUUUUAGCAAAUGGUAACAUUCAAUGCGUUCAGGACAUAUUUAGAUGUUUGGAAGUCACCAAGUGCAACGGUGUUAUGUCCGCCGAAGGGAAUCUCUAUAAUCCUGCCAUAUUCGAGGGUCGAUAUCCUCCAUCUUGGGAAAUGGCAACGGAAUACUUAGAUUUAGUUGAAAAAUACCCGUGUCCCUUGUCGUACAUCAGAGGACAUUUAUUUAAAAUAUUUCAUCAUAUUUUGUGCGAACCCGAUAAUAAAGACGUGAGAGCAGAAUUAGCCAACAAAUCCACUUUGGAAGAUUUUCGUAAUGUGACUAAAAUAAUUAGGGAAAGGUAUGAGCCGUUUCACGAAGGACUAGAUGUAUGGAAAAGAAAUAGCGAUAGUUACGAUUUAGUUUUACCGCCUUGGCUGUGCAAACCCUAUGAAAGACCCUCUCCCGAAGAACACAUUAAAAAAAUGACGGAAUUACAAAACAAACAAAACGAAGCCAGGAAAUUAGAGCGGGAAAACGGUGGGAUAUCGGCGAAAAGACCGAGAGCGGAUUCAGAAAAAGAAAAGAGUAAAAUGUCAAAGAAAAAACACAAAAAGUUAUUAAGGUUUCCGGAAAAGGCAAACGGAGUUAAAAGAGUCAUAGUUAUUUGCUCUUCCAGUAAAACAUGCCCCAAUCCAAUGGGUCUUAAAUGUGCCUUCAGGCUGUGCAAAACUUGUUGUAAAGUUAAAUGUUAUGAAAUACCAGCAGAUUGUCAAGGUCAUGGAAUAUUAAUAAAAACUAAAAGAGAAAAGGCCAGGGAAAAUAGUGAAAGUCAAAGAAAAGUCAAAUCAAAUGAAGUAGAUGAUAAUUUUCCUCAAAAUAUUUCAGAUGACAGAUUUAUAGAAGGUAAAGUGAUGGCUGUGAUUUGUUAUAGAAAAUUUUUCAUAUUUUUGCAGUGUAUGAACAUGUAUGUGGCAAGUUGUGUUAAUAAUUAUUCAAUGUGGACAGAAGAAUUUUCUAAUUAUGGAAUAUUGCCAGCAGAUCAAAAUCGAAGGUUCAAAAAUUAA